AUGUGGGUCUUGCUCUUGGCGUUGCCCUGUGCCGUAGGGGCAGAUACGUUGCUGGCACAAGGCGGUGGGUUUCGGAUCACGGAGACUAGCCAUGAUGUACCCAAGGCGCCUCGCAACGAUGCGGCGAGGAACCGUGGGCCGUAUGACCGUGGCACUACCUACGGCCAGAAUGAACUCUUCCACCAGGUCAGGAGGGCAGAUGGGGUGGAGGGGGUGAUGUGGCAGGAAUAUGGAAACAACCUGGUUGGAAAACCAAUCUUUUUGACUUGGUUUGAAGAUGACGGCACACACGUAACCCAGAGACUUGCGGAGGAUAAUCACAAUCCUUGGCUAGCGGGGGCAACCUCUGACAACGACGGACAGAUAUAUUAUCUGGAGAUACAAGACGUGACGCAAUGGAUCAGUAAUGAGCUUAUGGGCGGGUGGACUGUUGAUCCCACAGAGCCCUGCCAAGCUUGGAUAGUCCAUUGGGACACUCAGCGCAAUAAGCAGCAAUUCCGGAGGGAGCUGCCCAGCGAGGCCAUGCUCUUGAAUGAUUUCACGGAGAACACUGCGGCGCUUCGUUACGACCCCAUCAACAACAACAUCGGUGUUUAUUUCUCCCACCGCAUGUUCCGCUCGUCCGACGGUCUGAAUCACCAGCGUGGCUUGGGCUUUGUUUUUGAUGUUGACAGGAUGGAGAUCACUGGGGCUGGCCACUACCAGACUGGUAGCCAUUCCUUCCAAAAUUCCAUGAUCGCCGCUCCGACGGGUGGCUUCAUCGGUUUGGAGCUUGACGAUGGAUCUCCCCGUGGGCUGCAGGUGAUCAAGAUGGAUGCUCACAACAAGGACUUGGGCUUUACACCCUAUAUGUUCAAGACACGCCAUGGAUCUGGACCCGAAAAUCCGGCUGGCAGCAGUUUUCCUGUGUAUCCAGAGAUAUCCGUGAACGGAAACACCUUCUACAAGUGGAGUAAUGACAACCAGGUCUACACUGUGUUGGCUCAGCCUGGAAUCGUUGAGGUGUCCGAUGGAUACCUUAUCUUCUUCGCUGGCGAGCGACCGCCACUGGACAGCAGUGCAAUGGAGACCCACGAGCAGACAGUGCAGUCCCCUCGCAACCUGGGCUGGGUGAAGAUUGGCAAGAACAUUGCCGCCAAGGAGGUGCUCUCCGGCGGUGCAACCGAAACCGAGACAGGGGGCUUCUACGGCUUCCGUGGUGAAUGGACAUCGCAGUCGCACCGCGGCAUCAAGUGGCUCACGAACUACGAGCACAAAUGGCUCAUAAUGAACAAACCGAAGAGUGUACGACUGGCCCCCAACCGCAUCCUCCUGAUGUGGGAGCAGUGGCUGUCGAGGCCCAUGACAGAAGCCGAUUGCAGAGAGAUUGCUGCAGAUGUUGACUUUUGCAUCAGUGUCGUCACAGCUGACUGGUAUGACAGAUCCAGCGACUGGCGCGAGCAGAUCAUUCGGACGGAGCUGAUGAUCGUGGAUGACAGCGUUCACAUCGUCAAGCCUCUGUGGGCCAUGGAGGGAGGGCUCCUUACGCCGCAAGGCGAUGCACCUCGCGUCAUAGAUGGAUGUGCCAUCAUCUAUGCAGGCAGGGGCAGGAGCAUCAAGAGGUGGAAGGUGUGCGAGGUGGAGUGCGCCAAAGAGGUCGACAGCAUGCACGAGUUUGUCUUGGUGUCCUCCGUGGAGCUGCCUACCGAUGACCCGUGCUUCCAGCCUUUUCCUCCCAAUCCGGACACCUGCUUCGAUUCAGUGGAUGCAGGUGGCGGCAAGGGCUAUGGCCCUACGAGAUGCCAAGCUUCCUGUCGGCCUGCCUUGUGCCACGAAGUUCCCCAUUUCUGCAGCUCUACAGCCCAGUACUGCCCGCUGACAUGCGGCCACUGCAGUGCGGAUGAGAACCGUGGCUACAACGCGACUGAGCAGGCUCUGGUGGACUUCCUCAAGAGCUGCGAGGUUGGCUCAGUCACCCAUGGGAUCCACGAGUACCGUGUACCUGCAGAAGAGCGCCAGGUUACCCGCUUCCGGCAGACUUAUGACGGCGCAUGCCCUCCUGAACGUCCCAGUGGCGGGGCCGCAGAUGCCACAACGAGUGGCGGCGCCAGCUUGGGUGGUGAAGGUGGCUUUCUGUCGAGCAACAUGACGACAACAACCACGGCAACCACAAUGUCUCGCACUUGGGGCGUUGCCCUUAUGAAUGGGGCCUCCACGAACGUGGUAGGAGCCAUGUUGAUGACGCUGGUGCUGGUCCAGCUUCACCUAGCCAACUCGUGA